AUGACUUUGCGUGACCUAUCCAAUUUCAAGAAAACGCCGGGGGGCAAACGUGCUCCCUGGCUAUUGAAGUUUCGUUCCUCGACGUGGUUCAUCGUCGGCGCAGUAUGGAUGUCGACCUUCACGAUAGUCCCCGUGAUGCCAACAGCCCUGAUGACCAAAGCCGGAGUCGACUUUGACCGCCGCGAAUACUGGAUCAGUGUACUUCUCAUGAGCGAAGCUGGCACGUCCCUUCUGUUAUGUCCAGUAUUUGGGUAUCUCGUCGACCGCGGACGCACGCGUCGACUACCCUUCAUUAGCGCCCUGCUCGUUUUAACCGGCUGUAUGAUCAUCUUACAGCUAUCGCAUUCCAUAGCUGGGUUUGUCGCAGCACGUGUGCUCCAGGGUGUGGCAGGGGCUUUGGUAGUAGUAGCGGCAUUUGCUCUUAUCGGCGACGCUGUACCCCAAGAGCGUCUUGGCCAGACGAUCGGAUAUCUUGGCUCCGCGAUUGCCUCUGGAUUCCUGCUGGGCCCAUUCCUCGGAGGCGUUGUGUAUAAUGCCGGUGGGUACGACGCGGUGUUCUGGUUUGCAUAUCCCAUUCUUGCACUGGACAUGCUUAUGCGGUUAGUUCUGAUCGAGAAGAAGGUCGCCGCCCAAUGGAUUGGAGAGUCGAAUGGGGAGCCGGAGUCUGAUUUGGAGACGGCGCAGCGUGUUCCUUCUACCGGUGUACAGGAGCCACAGAUUCCCCAGAGAAGGAAGGGAUUCGUUCUCUUCCGGAUGCUCAAGGAGCGUCGGGUGUUGAUUUCCUCUGUGGCGCUUCUUGUUCAGGGACUGCUGCUCUCUGCCUUUGACGCGACACUUCCCAUUUUCGUUGAAACGACGUUUGGCUGGAACGCGCUUGGAAUGGGACUGAUUUUUCUCCCAAUGGCUGUUCCAGCUUUCUUCGAGCCUCUGUUUGGUUUCAUCACUGACCGAUUCGGUGCCCGGUUUAUGUCAUUCGGCUGCUUCGUUUUCCUCUCACCCACACUCAUCUGUCUCCGAUUUGUCGAGACGAAAUCAACCGAACAGAUAGCCCUGUUAGUCUCACUACUUUUCCUCACAGGGAUUUUCAUCCACGCCUGCGCACCUGCCAUGUACGUUGAAACGCAAUACGCGCUCGCGUUAAUGGAAAUCAAGAGUCCCGGAAUACUAGGUCCCAAGGGCGCCGUGGCGCAGGGAUUCGGACUGCAGAGCAUGUGCCAAUUUGCAGGAGUGUUCUUCGGACCACUCUGGGGUGGGUUCGUGGAGUAUCGAUUUGGGUGGGGCGCUAUGACAGGCACAUUGGGAGUCUUGGUGGCGCUCACUGCACUUCCGAUGCUGUGGUUAGGAGAAACCGAGGAGGAGAGGGCUUUAAUGAAUUGA